AUGUUCAAGCAGCAGAGAGGUAUUCUGCGUCUCCUGGAGAUCCUGCUCUGUGUCAUACUAAUCACUGUGGUGGGACACAGAAGUCUGUCCUCCAACCCCUGCUGGGUGUGGUGCAUCUUGGCCUGGUCUUUCUGCCUCCUGACCACCCUAGUGACCUCCACUGCCGAGCUCUGGUCCAUGUAGCCCGCUGAGGGAGUUCCUGGACUGGGAUGACCUCACUGCUGGCCUGGUCCUACUGGACACCCUCCUGGUCCUCUCGCCGUCUGUCAUCUACCCACUGUUCUACGUGUGCUGGAGCUGCCCCAUCCCCCUGGUGGCCACCGCGCUCACCGCCCAGUGCUCCACAACCUUUGCCCUGGAAGCGGUCACGGCCAAACAGGAGGGCAAGGGCAGCUACCUGUCCACCUUACCAGGGUUCCUGAAAGUCGCAGAGGCGUUUGGGGCGUGCAUCAUAUUUGUGUUCCUUACCGACUACCAGGGAAAUCCAGGAAUGGAGUGGUGUGUGAUCGUCUACUCUGUGUGUUUCCCCUUGACGAUCCUUGUCAUCGUCCUCAACUUCUGUCCCUCUGUAAAACAUCUCCUGCAGCCUCUGGAGGUGUACCUGGCUGGCUUUGACGUUGCGACCCUGUGGCCCGUUUUCAGCUUCCAGAAAGACCUUGGUCCUUCCAUCUGCCACAACUGA